AUGGAUAGGCUCGACGGUUCUGCCCGCCUCGUGCUCGUUUCCGAUCUUGACCAGACGAUGCCAGAGAGGAAUCAGGGUCCCCAUAAGCUAGAUGUGAAAAUAGUCUACAGCAGCGGUGAGGCCCUUGAUGUUCUACCACAAGGUGCAGGCAAGGGCCAGGCCCUUAUGUACUUGUUAAAUAAGCUCAAUUCAUACGAGAAACCGCCAAAGAAUACUCUUGUUUGUGGUGACUCUGGAAACGAUGCAGAACUAUUCAGUGUCCCAUCUGUACAUGGAGUCAUGGUCUGCAAUGCCCAAGAGGAGCUGCUUCAAUGGUAUGAAGAAAAUGCAAGAGAUAAUCCUAAGAUAAUUCAUGCAACUGAGAGAUGUGCUGCCGGUAUCAUGCAAGCCAUUGGACACUUCAAACUAGGACCCAAUGUUUCUGCAAGAGAUCUUGAGUUCCCUUAUCCAAAGGCAGACACCGCUAAGCCUGCAGAUGUGGUGGUGAAGUUCUAUGUUCUCUAUGAGAAGUGGCGGAGGGGUGACCUUCCAAAUUCUUCAUCAGUUAUGCAGUACUUGAAAAGCAUUACUCAUUUGAAUGGUACAAUUAUUCAUCCUUCUGGAUCUGAACGUUCUCUUCACGCAUCUAUUGAUGCUCUAAGUUCUUGCUAUGGGGACAAACAAGGCAACAAGUUCCGGGUAUGGGUGGACAGACUAGUUACAUCGCCAAUUGGUACAAGUAACUGGUUGGUGAGAUUUGACAACUGGGAAAUGGAAGGUGGUGUUCGGUAUUCCUGCCGCACUACUCUUCUGCUGAAUAUUAAGCCUGAGAUUCCAGAGGGCUUGGAGCUGAUACACAUCCACAAGACCUGGGUUGAAGCACACUCUGCAGGAGCGAGCACACGUUCAUCUUGUAGGGAACCCAACAGCAGAAACACCCAACAUUCCCUGCCAGCAAUCUUGGCAAGAGCUUCAAUGGAGAAGCUCGACGCUUCAGCCCGUCUUAUGAUUGUCUCGGAUCUUGAUCAGACCAUGGUUGAUCAUGAUGAUCCAGAAGACUUGUCCUUGCUGAGGUUCGAGGCGCUCUGGGAGGCCGAGUUCUCCCAUGAUUCUCUUCUCAUCUUCUCGACUGGGAGAUCGCCAAUCAGCUACGAUGAUUUGAGGAAAAACAAGCCUCUGAUCACUCCGGACAUCACCAUCAUGUCUGUGGGGACUGUGAUAGCUUAUGGCGCCGACAUGGUUUGCGAUGCUGACUCGGAGGAGCAUUUGAACAACAACUGGGACCGGGAUAUCGUCAUUGAGGAGGCAGCAAAGUUCCCUGAGCUGAAGCCUGAGGCAGAUGCUGAGCUGAAUCCUCUGUACGGAUACAGCCAGAGAAGGAUCAAGGUCCUCAUAAGCUACGGUGUGCUUAUUGAUGUGGUACCGCAAGGCCAAGGUGCAGGAAAAGGGCAGGCUCUUCAGUAUUUGCUGAACAAGUUCACUUCACAGAGGAAAGCACCCAACAAUAUUCUUGUUUGUGGCGACUCCGGAAAUGAUGCAGAAUUGUUCAGUGUCCCAUCAGUCCAUGGCGUCAUGGUCAGCAAUGCCCAAGAGGAGCUUCUUCAAUGGCGCAAAGAAAAUGCGAUGUGUAAUCCCAAGAUAAUUCAUUCAACUAAGAGAUGCGCAGCCGGUAUCAUGCAAGCUAUUGGACACUUCAAACUAGGACCUAAUGUUUCUCCUAGGGAUCUUGAAUUCCCUCAUCCAAAGUUAGGCAUCAUCAUGCCUGCAGAUUUGGUGGUGAAUUUCUACGUUAUCUACGAGAAGUGGCGGAGGGGCGAAGUUCAAAAGUCCCCAUCAGUAAUACAAUACUUGAAAAGCAUUGCACAUUUGAAUGGAACAAUUAUUCAUCCUUGUGGAUCGGAGCAUUCUCUUCAUGCAUCCAUUGAUGCGCUGCGUUCAUGCUAUGGUGACAAACAAGGCAAGAAGUUCCGGGCACGGGUGGACAGACUUGUUACAUCACCGGUGGGUACAAGUAACUGGUUGGUUAAGUUUGACAACUGGGAAAUGGAAGGUGAUGCUCAGUAUUGCUGCCGCACAACUCUUCUGCUGAAUAUGAAGUCUGACACUCCAGAGGGAUUGGAGCUGGUACAUAUCCACAAGACCUGGCUUGAAGGACACUCUGCAGCAAGUGAGCACACGUUCAUCUUAUAG